UUUCGGAUUGCUUGAUUUCGCGUGAUUCUCAAUAAUUCGCGUGUGAUUUCGGUGGCCGUGUACACAUGAUUGCGCGAGUUUUUGCCCCCUCGGCCGGUUGGCUCGGCCGGUCGGGGGGCCUCGCAUCGAGCCUCGCAUUCACCACAUUCACAUUGCAAUUGAAGGAGCGCCUGAUUGCGGUUCGGGUCGGCUUAUUCGCCUUCCUCUUCCGGCACCGAGCGGGAAGGCUCGUGAUGUGUCGGCUUGCCAUCGAUCCAAGACGCUCUCUCUGUCUCUCACUCCGAGAGGCUUCCCUCCCUUUCUCUCGCCCCCUCCCACCCCCUCCCACCCCCUCCACGCGCCGCCGGCCAUGGCCGGGCACUGCCACAAAAUGGACCAGUGUCGUUCGGGGUUGUGUUUUGUUUUUGUUUUUUGUUGCCGCUGUCCAGCUGGCCGGCCCCCCUCGAUCUCUCGAAGCAACCCGAUCUUUGAAAUACGGGAAUACGAGAGCGCGGCCGUGCUCGUGCCAGCUUGCGAUAAAUCGCGUUGGGCCGAAGCGUGCUCUUUUUGGGCCGAGGCUCGCACGCCUGGACGCGGUCGGGUCGACAAAACAGCAGCAGCAACGCGAUAAGUGGUGGCUUGCCUCGCCGUGCAAGUGUCCUGCAGUUGUCCUGCCCAUCCGGGCUGGAACGCGCUGGAGCGCACAGUGGGCCAGCGCGGCGCGCUUUGGACUAGGACAGCCUGGAGUGUGGCGUCCUAGACAGAGCGGGCGGAUGAAAAUUGAUAAGCCCUUCACCAUCCUGGCCCCCGUCAACUCGGCCGUCAGCCCCCAGGCCGAGCCCGGCGCCAUGCGCCGCUUGCUGCUGGACCACGUGGUGCUCGGCAAGCAGCUGGACCUGGACAUCGGCGCCGACCUCCGCUUCGCCACCCUGGGCGGUCACACCGUUAAAGUGCAGAACCACAGUGGCACUCUGACGGCCAACGGCGCCCGCGUGCUCCAGGCGCGCGUCGAGGUGCCCAGGGGCAUCCUCGUCAUCCUGGACAACUACCUGUUCACGCCGCCCUCCGAGGAGGCCCUGACGAGCAGCUCGACGACGCCGGGGCCGCCCAGUCUGGAGGCCGCCGCCACGGCCACCGCGUCCAAGGCCAACGCCUCUACCACCACCACGACGGCGGCGUCCUCGGAGGCAGGCACGACCGUCCCCGCAUUGCCUACCGCCGCCGCGCACGUGGCGCCGUCAGGCUUCCUGCACGACGUGAAGCAGGUCCUGUCCUUCCUCAAGAGCGGCACGCGCGUCUUCCAGCACCUCAUGUCCCGCUCGAACGUGAGCCGGCUGCUGGGCAAGGACCCCGGGGCGCAGUACACCCUCCUGGUGCCCACCGACCUGGCGUUCCAGCGCUGGCACCCCAUCGACUGGGGCUUCUACCCCUUCUCCGUGGCCGAGUUCAGCGAGAGCGUGGUCGUCAACCACUUCCUGCAGGGCGACCUGCGCGUCGACGACCUCAAGGACGGCCAGGUGGCUAGCUCUUUGGAAGGCCGGGAGGUGGUUUUCGCUCGCAAACCCAACUUGACGGUGAACGGCGUGCAGGUGGUGGGGGGCGACACGCCGGUGGCGCACGGCAACAUCCUGCUCAUCAGCGAGGUGCUGUUCGUCAACGAGGACGUGGUGGCGCGCCUGCACGAGAACAACCGCGACAAGGAGACGCCGCCGCUGCUGGCCUUCCCCUGGAUCGGCGCGCAGUUCCUGAGCCACGCGUUCCUGGCGCUGGAGGACGCGGGGAAGGGCUUCAAGCACGCCACGCGCUUCCUGGGCAAGGCCGACCUGGCGCCGCACGUGCCCGGCGCCGGCUACACCUUCUUCGUGCCCACGGACGAGGCCUUCGAGAAGUUGGGGCUGGACGCGGCCAGGGACGGCUACCUGGCGACCGGCCCCGGGUUGCAGCUGCUCCUGAACCACUUCGUGGACAAGAGGCUGUACGCCAGGGACCUGCAGAACGGCUCCACGUUCGACACGCUGGGCAACAGGACGGUGACCGUCAGCAGGAAGCAAGGUGCCAUCUACAUCAACAAAGCCAAAGUGGUGAAGAGUGAGGUGUUUGUCUACAAUCUAGGCACUAUGUUCUACAUAGACAGCAUCUUGUUCAGUGAGGAAGGGCUCCCUUCAUUAGACCACGAAGAAUCUAGUUCAACUGGAUCAUCUCAUGUUACAACACAUCUUCCAGAUGAAGUUGAAACUAUACCAGUUGAACUAGGGCAAGAUACAGACAACGAAAGUCUUGAGGAUAAUGAUCCAGAUCGGGAACCAACAACAACGGCACCUGCAGGUGCAGAGGCCAAGAUAAUUGAACUUGAUCCUUGAAAUCAACAAAAUGUAAGCAACCACUCAAAUAGAGACCCGCAAUUGCUCAUUUAACUCAACUUUUGUCUUCCCACCUUGUGACUAAUAGUCGCUUUGGUUAAGGAUCCAGUGGAUAAGACAAUCUGAAUAGAGAGCCAAAAAAUUGAUAAAUUGUUCAAACUUACUUGUGAAUUCAGUGAAACGUUCUUUAUUUCAUAUUCAUAUAAAAAGUUUAUCAUAUUUUUAGGAAACCCAGACUUGAUAUAUACUUCCUUAACUACUGAUAAAAAAAAUUAGUAAUGGAGGUAGAGAUUGUUUUUAGCUUUAGAACUGUUCUAGAACUGCAUUUGAGUUAGUCUGACAAUGCAUGUUAGUUUGACACCACUUUGGUCACUUUGUAAAGAGUGUGCCAGGUACACCUUUUUUCACACUACUUAGUGGGAUGUAAGUAUCUCUACACUUUUUUUAAUUAGUUUUACUCAUUCUUAUUUAAUUAGUGUGUUGCUGUGUGGGUUAAUCGAAUCUGGAGGUAUACCAUUCACGAAUCUUGAAACAUUAUCCUGUGCCAGACAUUUUAAAAUCUUUCCCAAGUGAAAUUCAACACAAAGAUCUCACUGAUAGAAGUGCAUGGUUUAAGAAAUAGCAUUUCAAGAGGUAAAAAAUCCACUUAUGUAACAUUUUUAUGUCAUUUAUGUUGUGGUUUAGAAUACUGUACCCAUGUGAUCCUCGUUUAUAAGUCUCAUAUUCAAUUAGAUACCUAGCCUUGAUGUCUUUGUUCACUGUCAUCUCACUAAAUCUGUACUUCAAAAUUAAGUCUGUAAAAAUAUGGAUGACAGCCAGAUGUGCCAAACUGAAGUAGUUAGACUGUGGCAAGGAAAGCUGCAACCUAGAAAGUUAAUUAUCGGAAAAGAAUUAAUACGAUAAAGAGUGCUUCUGUACAUACAUAUCUGGCCUUUCUUUUCUGAUGAAACUCAGAGUACUGUUUGAAACAUUAGGGCCACUGAGGUGGGUAAAUUGCAUAUCAGUUUGUGAUCAUACUUGAAGCUUUCUUGCUUGCUAUUUUAAUUAUCUUUUUGGAAAAUAAAAUAAAAUUGUGCACAAGUUAAAGAAACAUAUCUUAAAAUAUUUAGUUGGAUGGAUUCUGAAGUACUUUUUAUGCCAUUUAUGUACUGUAUUUACAAGAGUGCAAGACGCUCGCUAGAGACACAGUUUAAAUUAAUAUACAAUAUUGCACGCAAAACUCCAACUUUUGGGUCUUUCUCACGAAUAGAAAAUUUGAGACCCAAUAAUUAUGUAAAUACGGUAGUUAAUUCAUUGUGAUAUGAAGGUGGUCUUGUUUGGACUCCACAAAACUGAUUCCCCUUAUUUAUAAAGGCGACAUUUUGUCAAAAUAAAACUACCUAAAACGAAA